GGCGGGGCUGCGGGUGCUGGGUCUCCGGGCGCGGGCGAGUUGGUAAACAGAUCCGGAGCGCGUGCGGGGAGCCAGCGCUACGCCGAGUGCGCGGAGGCGGCGCGAAGGUGACUUCGGUUCCUAGCUUCCUGCGGCAGGGCCUGGAAGGAUGGCUGCCGUGUUGGGGGACGCCCUCAUGCUGGUCAAAGGCCUCGUCAAGCUGACCCAGGCGGCUGUGGAGACCCACCUGCAGCACCUGGGCCUUGGCGGGGAGCUCGUCCUGCUGGCCAGGACCCUGCAGUCCACGGCUGCAGAGCAGAUGGGUGCGGUCUGGGGGCAGGUGCAGGGCCAGGAGAGGCAUGAAGAGCCCCACUCCGAGAGCUUCGAUGACCCACAAGCCGAGUUCCACUUCUCAGGGCCGGGGGCCGAGGAUUUCUCUGCCGCCGCCUCCUCCGAGCAGGCCCAGGAUCACACCAGCAGCCAGGGCCCGGCUCCUGCCUAUGUUGCCAGUGGACCCUUUAGGGAAGGCGGGCUCCCGGGCCAGGCCGCCCACCCUCUGGGCGGGGUGAACAGGAGGCUCUUUGCCAACCCCAGGGACCCAUUCUCCUCCACGGGCCUUCAGCGGCGGUUUCUCCACCAGGACCAGUCCCCCGUGGGGGGCCUCACGGCCGAGGACAUUGAGAAGGCCCGGCAGGCCAAGGCUCGGCCUGAGAGCAAGCCCCACAAGCAGAUGCUCAGUGAGCGUGCCCGCGAGCGGAAGGUGCCGGUUACGCGGAUCGGGCGGCUGGCCAACUUUGGAGGUCUUGCUGUGGGUCUGGGCUUUGGGGCACUGGCUGAGGUUGCCAAGAAGAGCCUUCGCCCCGAGGACCCCUCAGGGAAGAAGGCCGUGCUGGAUUCCAGCCCCUUCCUGUCUGAGGCCAACGCUGAGCGCAUCGUGCGCACGCUCUGCAAGGUGCGCGGGGCGGCGCUCAAGCUGGGCCAGAUGCUGAGCAUCCAGGACGAUGCCUUCAUCAACCCCCAUCUGGCCAAGAUCUUCGAGCGCGUGAGGCAGAGCGCCGACUUCAUGCCGCUGAAGCAGAUGAUGAAAACCCUCAACAAAGACCUGGGCCCCAGCUGGCGGGACAAGCUGGAGUACUUUGAGGAGCGGCCCUUUGCCGCCGCCUCCAUCGGGCAGGUGCACCUGGCUCGCAUGAAGGGUGGCCGCGAGGUGGCCAUGAAGAUCCAGUACCCCGGCGUGGCCCAGAGCAUCAACAGCGACGUCAACAACCUCAUGGCCGUGCUGAACAUGAGCAACAUGCUUCCCGAAGGCCUGUUCCCCGAGCACCUGAUCGACGUGCUGAGGCGGGAGUUGGCCCUCGAGUGUGACUACCAGCGAGAGGCCGCCUGUGCCCGCAAGUUCAGGGAGCUGCUGAAGGACCACCCCUUCUUCUAUGUGCCUGAGAUCGUGGACGAGCUCUGCAGCCCCCACGUGCUGACCACGGAGCUGGUGUCUGGCUUCCCCCUGGACCAGGCCGAGGGGCUGAGCCAGGAGAUCCGGAACGAGAUCUGCUACAACAUCCUGGUCCUGUGCUUGAGGGAGCUGUUCGAGUUCCACUUCAUGCAGACGGACCCCAACUGGUCCAACUUCUUCUAUGACCCUCAGCAGCACAGGGUGGCUUUGCUGGACUUCGGGGCGACUCGGGAAUAUGACAGAUCCUUCACGGACCUCUACAUCCAGGUCAUCCGGGCGGCUGCCGACCAGGACAGGGAGGCCGUGCUGAAGAAGUCCAUAGAGAUGAAGUUCCUCACCGGCUACGAGGUCAAGGCCAUGGAAGAUGCCCACCUGGACGCCAUCCUCAUCCUGGGCGAGGCCUUCGCCUCGGAGGAGCCCUUCGACUUCGGCACCCAGAGCACCACGGAGAAGAUCCACAACCUGAUCCCCAUCAUGCUGAAGCACCGGCUGGUCCCGCCGCCCGAGGAGACCUACUCGCUGCACAGGAAGAUGGGGGGCUCCUUCCUCAUCUGCUCCAAGCUGAAGGCCCGCUUCCCCUGCAAGGCCAUGUUCGAGGAGGCCUACAGCAACUACCGCAGGAGGCAGGCUGAGCAGCAGUAGCUGCGGCGGCGGACCCGCCGUCCUCCUGCCGCUGCAACCAGCGAGAAGCUGGUGGCGCCGAGGCUGCGGUUUGCCUCGGCCCCGCGAGAGAGGGUGGCCAGCUGCUGCGACGGGGACGCUGCUGGCGCCAGGGCUUAUACACGGUGUUUAUGGCUAAGCGGGUGUCGGGUGAGAGGCUCGGAAUGAAAAUGCAACCACACCGCCGUCUGUCGGAAUCUGCUUAGUGUUCAUCCGUCCUCUGAAAUGACUCUUGGUAAAAAGACGGUUUUAUCUCCUUUUCCUUUUUGUAACAGGGGUUUUCGCUAAUGUGGAUGUCACAACCAGAUGAGGGUUCGCCCUUUGAAUCCCUGCCACCAAAACCAAAAGCCAGACAGAGGAGCCUUUUGGGAUUUUAUCAUGUAGUAUAAGGUUUGUGUGUGUGGCUGUUUCCAGAAUGAGCUUUGUGUUCUCUGCCUUCCCCUCCGGGCUGUGACCUGGAGCUGGAGAAGCACAGAUCUGAGCAUCGCCAACAAAUACGACCUCACCAGGCAAGGACCCCCGCCCCUGCCUCUGGCUGGUUCCAAGAUGUUUUGUUCAGACACCUGGAGAAACCACUGCCUCCUGUGGGGAGGGGUGGAAACCGAGGGUGGGGGCUCAGAGGCAGGGCGUGGGGCCCUUCCUCCUGUUCCAGGCCCCAGGGCCUUCAUGGAUGUGCCAGGUUGGACCCAAGAGGUCAUUACAGGCUCUGUUAAUUUUCGUACAGUUCUUGCAAUUGUCUGAUUCAUUUGUUUCAAUUAAAAGAGAACAAUCCGA